AAACAUUACCGAGGUCCGGACCUCGGUGACCUCAAUGGUGGAUACGGCCAUGCCUGAGAGGAUGGCGUUACAGUAGUCGAUGCGGGACGUGACAAAUGCAUUGACCAGGACUUCAGUGUUUGAUUGAGAAAGGGAUGGGCGGAGUGUGGAGAUGUUGCGUAUGUGGAAGAAGGCAGUCCGGGUGAUGUUAUAUAGCCUACACAAACUCAUUUUGCAUACUCCGUAGUCGUUCAAGUAGGAGGAGAAAUGCCAGCGUUCUCCUCCGGUUUACAGGCACUGUGUAAAUUAUAUAUAUAGAAUAAUUAUGAUGAUUUUACCUCUAAAAUACAGCAACAUAUCUUUGAUUCAUGUCGUUUAGAACUGGGAUAUUACAAUUAUUAUUAACUUUGUCUGUACAAAGUAGUCUGUCCAGGAAAUAUGCUCAAAUCAACUGAAACUGCGAGCCGCUAGGCAAGACGCUCCGCUUCUGAAACGCGCCAGGUAGGGUAUGACGCCGGAGGAGGCCAGACCAAAACCGCGGCGCAGCCGUUACGCGACGCAGACGGACCCGGUGGAAACUAGGGGUGAAUGACAUGUUGCCAGUAGUAGUGGUACAUGGGGGGGCGGGUCAUAUCCCAAAGGACCGGUCAGAAAUGUCCACUGCGGGGGUGUGCUCUGCCGCCCGAGCGGGGUACACCAUCCUCCGGGGAGGGGGCAGCAGCAUGGACGCUGUGUUGGAGGCUGUCAGCAUCCUGGAGAAUAACCCCUGUUUCAAUGCAGGGUGUGGGUCAGUGCUGAACAUCAAAGGAGAGGUGGAGAUGGAUGCCAUUGUGAUGGAUGGGUUAACUCUGGGUAGUGGUGCUGUGUCUGCUGUACGCAACAUCGCCAACCCCAUCCAGCUGGCAAGACUGGUCAUGGACAAGACGAGUCACUCAUGUCUGACAGCAGAGGGGGCCAGUCAGUUCGCCCGGUCCAUGGGGGUCCCCGAGGUGUCCCCUGAGUCCCUCAUCACUGAGUACUCCCACAUGCGCUGGGCAAAGAACCUGGCACCUGAUGCCAACCCUGUGGAGAGCCAAAUGGGGAAGAUGGGCACGGUUGGAGCAGUGGCAGUAGAUUCGGAGGGCAACAUCGCCUGCGCCACCUCCACCGGGGGGAUGCUGAACAAGAUGGAGGGCCGGGUGGGCGACACACCCUGCAUAGGGUCUGGAGGUUACGCUGACAACCAGGUGGGGGCAGUGUCAACCACAGGCCACGGAGAAGCCAUCAUGAAGGUGACUCUGGCCAGACUCAUCCUCUUCCACAUGGAGCAAGGUCAGUCCGUGGAGGCUGCCAGUGACUUAGGCCUGGCCUACAUGAAGUCCAGAGUCAGUGGUCUGGGGGGGGUUGUGUCGGUGGACCCUCAGGGCCGCUGGGCUGCUCGCUUCUCCAGCCUACAGAUGUCCUGGGCUGCAGCGCAGACAGAGACCCUGCACUACGGCCUGUACGUUGGGGAGCACUUCACCCAGAGCCUGGGGGGGGCCCCUCUGACAGGAAGUACAGCACAUUUAGCUUCUAAACCUUUAGGCUGAGCAUGCACUGAAUCAACAAUAUUUUAACUUUAAAGGUGGGGUAGGUAAUUUUGGAGAAACCAGAUCGGCUUCCACAGAUGACGUUUUUUUAUGGAUUUGUUGUCAAAGCACUUCAGAUAUUCAUUGCUAUCGGGAUGUUAAGAGCAUUCCAUGGAAUAUAACAACAAGUGUAUCUCGAGCCGGUUUCUCAAACGUAUCUACCCCACCUUUAAUAUUAUGAAUAAUAGUAUAUUUCAGUAUUGAUUAAUAUUUUUUAUAAAUAUUUUUAAUCUUUUAUUUUGUGAUAAUACUCAGUGAAGAUGGAAAGCUACAUUUGGUGUAAUCAUCUCAUCAUCUAAAUCAUCUUCUCUUUCAAUAUGAAACUUUCGCCAUGCAGCAGUGACAAUAACUGCAGUUCACCCAAUGGCCACUUGAGGCGGGCUCCAAAACAGAGUGAUCUGCAUAGACCUCCAUGUAAAGAAGCUAAACUUUAGAGCAGAAAUAGCCUGGUGCCAAACAUGGUUUUGGUAUCUAAAGCUAAUGAAGAGUUUUUUUUAUUUAACUCUUACACACUGUCCAGUUGCACUCAAGUAUUAACUGAUGAAAAUGUUGUGGUCAAAAUACGAUAUCCCAUGCUUGCCUUGAGAUCAUUUCUCCAAAUUUGACCCAACUGUCCACCAGACUCAAGGAUUAACUGAUUAGAAUUUUGCGGUCAAAGAUCAAGGUAACUGUGGCGUCACAAAUCAUGUCUUUGGCCAUAGCAAGAAUCAAGAAUUAAUACAUAUAAUAUUAGAAUUUCCUUCAAAUGUCUUGUGGUGAAAUUUUAGACAAAUAAAUCUAAACUGCUACUUGGCUGGUUGGUUUACAACCACAAAGUGUUAAUUCCAGUGUUCCGCAUGGUCAUGUGUUAUAAAGUCCAAAUAGGCUUUUGCCAAGAGUAUGCCUUUUAUCAUGGAAGAAUGUGAGUGUUUCUUACCUGACCUAUCUGGUAUAAUGACAUAUAGUCGUAUACUUUUAAAUAGCUGUGGCUCAGUGGCUAAUCCACCAAUCUGAGGGUGAGUGGUUCGAUAGCCAGCCCUAACAUGUCAAAGUGUUCUUGGGCAACAUACUAAACCCCACCCAAAAUUGCUCCUGAAGGCAUGUCAGCAGUAUUGAAGGGAAUGUUUAAAAGCUAAAGGACAUCAUGUGAAGUCAUUUGAGUAUUCAUGGGAGGUUUUUGUACUGUAAGGUGAAUCGUUGCCAUCACUCCAGCAUUUGAACCAGAGCCAGUGUUUGUGAUAUUCAAUGCUGGAGCUUCCUGCUAUGAAAACACAGAUUUGAAAAUAAAUGCCUUUAAUCCCUGA